UAUUCACAGGCAGGAGAAACCCCGCAGCGGACACGCACGUUUUCACCAUGUAGAUGCAGACAGACGGAGCUUAAUGUUGAAACUUGAAAGCAGCAUGUCACAUCCUGAGCUGCUGUGACUGGAAACACCGGCUGACGUCUUCUCUGCAGGGAUGAACAUAAAAUCGCAGGAGCAGAAAAUGGCCGCCGCAGACGUCCUCUACUUCACUUUGUGGAUCACCACAGUCCUCACCACCGGACUCGGAUGCCCUGAGCUCUGUACCUGCUCGGACAAACAUGGCCGUCAUUUUGCUGAAUGCUCCUACAAAGACUUAGAUGAAGUCCCAGACGGUUUGCCUCCUAAUGUGAUGACUGUGAGUCUCUCCGCUAACAAAAUCAGUUUGAUACCACUGGGGAGCUUCGACAAUGUGACCCGGGUGACGUCGCUGUGGAUGGCCAACAAUGAGAUCGUCUCCAUUGAACAAGGAACCCUCACGCCUUUGGUUCAUCUGCGUAACUUUGACAUCAGCCACAAUAGAAUUGUAGACUUCCCUUGGGAGGAUCUGCAGAACCUCACAGGCCUGCAGCUGCUUAAGAUGAACCACAACGAGAUGGUCCACCUGCCGAGGGACGCCUUCUCCAACCUCAAAGACCUCCGAUCCCUCCGACUCAACAAUAACAAAUUCAUAACCAUAGCUGAGGGGACGUUUGACGGUCUGGUGUCUUUGUCCCACUUGCAGCUUUAUAAAAAUCCCUUUGCGUGCACCUGCUCCCUCGACUGGCUCAGAGACUGGAUUUCAACAACCACCAUCUCAGUCCCGGAGCAGAAUUUGAUCAUUUGUGCAACUCCACAAAAACUUAGAGGGAAAGUAAUCGGAAAGUUGCCAGUGUCAAAGUGCACAAGGCCGAAUGUGACUAUACGAACCGAGCCAAAUAUACACAAUGCAACUCUCUAUGAAGGGAGCAUAUUGGUCUUGACUUGUGAAUUCACAGGAAACCCAAAGCCUCUGGUCAUGUGGAAUAUUCGCAGCAAAAGCCAGAAGCAAGAGCUGGCUCUGCCCUUUACAGAAAAUGACUCUGCAGAAUCAAAUGAGGACUCCUCACUAUCCUCUAAUCCUGUCAAAGUCUAUAAUAAUGGGACUCUUAUCAUUUCACACCUCAGGAAGGAAGACAGCGGCAACUACAGCUGCUCGGCCACAAAUGAGUUUGGAAGAGCCGCUGAUUCAGUGUCAGUGGAGGUGGUGGCUUCACCUAAACCAACGCCCGUAAAAAAAAUGACCACACCUACUUACACUAAAACACACCCAUCUAUACACCAAACAACACAAAAAACAUCUGUUUUGGAUUCUGUGCGUCUCGCUGAUUUAAAGAGAAAAGAAAUCAUAAAAAUCCUACCCACUUUCCCGCCCACUGCAGAGAUCAAUUCGUCUGAGGAGGCAUCAACAUAUCCAUCACGUGCUAGUAAAUGUGGCGUGACGGCAAACACAAGAUACAUUUCUAGCCACAUCUUUAACGGGAGCAUAGAUGAUAUCAAGCAGUACACAUUUGACUUCGGUGUCAUUGCAUUAGGAGUGUCAGAAACAGAGGCGACAGUGCGACUCAAUCCUCUUCUCAUACCCAGGGACAACAGCGCCAUCCGGGCUGCCGACAACGCCAUUGCCGACGCCAACGCCAACACCAACGCUGACACCAAUGUCAAUGCUGCCACAUCUGAUGAGAUCUCCCACGCUGACAGCGAAGAGCGUCACGGUCUUUCAGACGUCUCUGAAAGAGUCAAUUCAAAUGGCUUGUAUCUGUGCGUUGCUGCCGACCGUAAACACUCAGCCGUGCAGUGGUCGAGGAUCCAAGAGGGCAUCAACACGUAUCUGUUCAGCGGUUUACGCCCUGGCACCAACUACUCUCUGUGUCUGACCUACAGAGGGGAGGACUGCGAGGUCCAGGUGCUGUUCACCACCAGGAGGAGGGUACCCAACCUGCUCAUCAUCAUCUCCGUCAGCAUCUGCCUCCUGACUGUGUCCACUGUACCCCUCCUCGGCGCAACGUGCUUCCACCUGGUGUACAAAUACCGCAGCAAGACCUACAAGCUGAUUCUGAAGGCCAAAGAUCAGUACCACAUGGAGAGGAACCUCGCCGCCAACUUUAACAUCCGCGCACCUCACACCGAGUCCCAGAGGAAGAUUAACGGCAGCCAGCUGGACGAGGAGGAAGGGGAGAUGGAGAGUGGAGACGGAGAGAAAGAGGCGGACACAGAAGAAAGCAUCAUGACGGAGUCUUUUUCUUUGUCUCAGUGCCGGGGGAAUUUAGACAACUGUGAGGUUGGAUCUGAGUACAGUGAUAGGUUGCCUUUGGGAGCUGAAGCAGUGAAUAUUACAAGCAACUACAAAUAUCCAAAUCAGUAAUUGUUGACAUCAUUUGCACUUUACUUUAGCAUGUGGUUAAAGGGUAGAACAGGAUGUUUUUUCAGUUUGUGCCAUUUAGCCCUGCAAAGGCAGCCCAGACAUAUUGCUAUGUUCCACAGUUAUCUGACAAGACAUAAAAUCAUUGACUUGCUUUAUUUGCAGAGCUGCAUCAUUCAGUCACUAGACUCUAUCGAUUGUUUGUGGAUGCUUUCUAGCCAAACAUCCUAUUGAACUAGGCCUGGCCAUGUUAACCUUGUUAUUUUUUAUAGCAGCUUGUUUUCCUCCUUUCAAAAAUAUUCCAUAAACAACACUAGAAAGCAAAAAUACAAGCAGCUUGUGUUCUAGAGGGAGGAGCUGGUUAUCAAAGUUGAAACAUGUGGCACACCAUCAAAGCAUUCAAUGUCUGUGCAGCUUCAUAUUUUAUUAAUAAUAAUUGAUGAUGUGUUUCAGCCAGAGGUCGUCCUCAGAGCAUGAGUAGUGUUUGACAUUGAGGGAAAUACGCUUAUUUGCUUUGCUUGCAGAGAGUUAGAUGAGAACAUCAAUACAACUCUCACGUCUGUCUGGUAAAUAUGCAGCUGUACAGCCAUUUAGCUUAGCUUAGCUUAGCUUAGCACAAAGACUGGAAACAGGGGCAAACAGCUAGUGUACUAACAGCUUUAGUUGGCUUACUAUAAUGCACAUAGAAAGUGCACCUUCACAGCAGCUGCACUGUUCUCUUUUUUUAAUAAUGGAAAAUACAAAGAAUUUUUAAAAGUGCAUCUGGAUCCAGAUAUGCACCAAAAUACACGUAGUGAUAGACAAUCAUGGGAUGCAUGAACCAGAUACAGUGCUUUCAAUAGUUCAUAAGAAACAAAAAUGAUCAAAAAUACCUUUUCUGUUUAUAUAAAGAAAUCCCCUAGCCAUAUUCCUUGGUCCAACUAUCUACCAAGUUUCAGUAAACUCUGUGUAGAAAUAUCCAGGCUUCGGGAGUAACAGAGGAACGACGUUACGUGAUUAGGAUACAAAAAAAGGAAACUGUAUUCCGUUACAGAAAAAAAAGACGUAAUCAGAUUACCGAUACAUUUAGUAAAAAUUGGGAUUAUUAGUAGGAUUACAAUUUUAAAAUACAUAAAGAACAAUAUACUACCAUGCACAUGUGCACACAUUACAACACUUCACAACACGAGUCUCACACAACGGCCUCUAACAUUAGUGAAAACAAAAGCUUUCACUGGGUGGAAAUUUUGCCAUUAUUAAGUAUGUAAAGCAGAACAGGGGAACAACAUCACAGUACAGUGCAAGUUAUCGCAAAGCAAAAAGGUUUUCACACUUUCCAGUUCAUCAAGAUUAUUCUUUUUGCCAAGAGGCAUCCCCGCAUGAAAAAACGGUUCAUAGAGAAUGAGCUUAAAAUUUCUGGUCCAGCAAACAUAAUACAGGACAAACUGGGUUCAUUUAAUUCAAGUUAAAAUCCGGCAACAAUAAUGUGCCAAAUUGAAUUCAGUCCUUGGAUGAUGACAGUAUUUUCACAGCUGGAAGGCAGAACUUGAACUGUCACUGUACUCUUUUCUGCUUUACACAGAAAAUAAUGGAGAAAUUUCAGCAUGUUUUUUAUUUUUUUUAUUGUCUUUUCUUUGCAGAUUUGGUAUUGAGGUAAUCCAAAAGUAAUGGAAUUAAUAUUGUGAUACUUGGAUGUGGUUACUGACUACAUUUUUUAACAUUUAAUUAGUAAUUGUAUCGGAAUAGAUUUUUAAAUUAACCCUCCCAACCCUGGAAAUAUACAACUUGAAUAAUAGAUGGAUACAGUAUAUAGCAGGGUUAUAAUGAAACGCAGUAAACGUGAAGGCUUAUUUGUUCAUUUGUGCCUUUUGUGCAAUUUAUAACAGUGAGAUAUCGAUUGUACAGCUGCAAAAUUCAUUUGGAUUAGCUGGCAUGAAUGAAUUGAACCCUGAUAUAAACAAUAAAUGGGUCCUAAAUUCCUUUUAAUUCAAGUUGUUUUCAACGGAGCACACCUCGAGGAAGAUAUUGAAGUUUCUGCCAGAGAAAAGUCUUACAAAAUGUGUCAUUAUAAAGUUACUUAUUGCCUCUGUCUAUUUAGUAAGAGCAUCGUUGUUAAAAACCUAAUAAUUCCUAAUAAACAGCUAAUGAGUGAAAAGAAGAGCACUAUAAAAAUGUCCCUGUUUCUGCUAAUUGGCGUCAGGAUUGAGGACUAUCGAGGUUUGGCCACAACAGAAACAAAAGGAUGUGUUAAAUUGAAUGUAAGAAAACCUGUGUCAUGUGACACAUUUUGCAAAAUGAUUAGGAAAAAUGUCAGCUAGAUGUAGGCAGUAGUAACAAAAAUAUACUAAUAUUAUGCUUUAAACUACUUGCAAUAAAUUUGUGCUGUCGUAUUAGAAGUGCAGUAGCUUGAAAAUACAGAAACUUAAUCCUCUAAUAAGAGUUUAAAUGUUUAGAAGAACUGUGUUGUUUCAAAGAGAAAACUAUUGUGUCCUGCAGCUAUGAGCUCGUUGUCCAGUUCUACUGUGAACAUUUCCUAUGAAGAUAACUGUUUUCAUGUUGAAUAAAACUAUAAGCUCUCUGUAACGCUGGUAAAAAUGUUGGUUCAUUAUUAUCAACCAAGUCUACUGCAUACUGUGUGUAACAGUGCAGCACUUGUGAGUGUGUAUGUGAAGCUAUUGUUGUAUCUGGGUCAUGUGUCCAUCCUGCUGUAUUUCCCAGAGUUCUGUGUGUUAGAAGACCUGCAUGCUGCCUGUUGUUGUGAGUCACAGUAUGCUGAAUAUUCUUUUUUCUGUUUUAUACCCCUGUAAUAAAGGAAGUAGUAGGUUUUAAAUAUCCUCACUAACUCUCCUCAUCCUAUGUGCCUCAAUAAAGUUUGGAAAAAGGAAUACUGAA